AUGGACGCUGUAAAAUGUCCAGUCCGAGCUGGCAUCACGGAUGCAAUGGAUUUGAUGGACCACGAAAAUGACUGUGCUGUUUGUCGUGGAGGCUUGGUCAAAGACUUGCCGAGUAAGUUGGUUUUUAAUUUUUGUCAGAGAAUUUAGGAAAUGCGACAGAAAUCUCAGUUAUAUUGUUUUAGAGCUCAGCACUAAAUUAGAACCAGUAGUCCCUGCUGUUCCAAAAGGACAAUUCAAAAGUCGAAAGAGGAAGGGCGAAAACAUCGAGAAAGAACCAGAUUUACUAGAAUUACCUCAUAAGAAAGCUCUUCAUGUGCUUAAAAAGACAGAAGGACUGUCAAAGUAAGUGUUUUGCGUUAUUUUGUCUCGAAAUUUAGGAAAAUCGUUAUUACAUUCGAAUAUUUCAGGCCUGCAGCAGCGUUAGCGCUCCUGACAAAGCGUCGUGAAGUUGGAGCUCCGGAGAAACCAGCAGAAACGAGUAAAGAAGAGGUUGCAGCGAAGGACAUGCCCUAUGUCCCGCCUUAUAUUCCAUUGCCGAAAGAUGAGCAGGGCCGUUUCCGAACCUCCGUACUGUCUCUGGAAGACCAUAGAAGAUACGUCGCGAUCAUUACGAACAAUUUGAAGCCGGAGAGCGCUGCGCGAUUUCAGAAUAAUAAUUUAGAGUUGAAGGUGGGGUUUUGAUUAUGUUUUUGCUUCAAUCUUUAGACCAGACCAAAUGAAAUGUUGAAAUUGAUUUUUAUAUGCCUCUCUGUUUCCGCUGAAGUUUGAAAUCUUUAAUUUCAGGGCUAUGACGAGCAAUUAUUCGAAGAGCGAAAUUAUUUUUACAAGAUUGCUAUGGAAUGGGCAGACAAAUCCGAAAAGCACCCAUAUUCCUAUGAGACAAAUGGAUGCCGAGCGUUGUUUUUGGUAAGUUCAUCCGUUUUUUGUUGUCUUAUUGUUUUAGAAAAAGCAGAAGAAACGACUGGAAGUUAUCGGUAACAGGAAGUUUGGCCGCGAGAUUAAGACGCUGAAUUGGGUUUCUCGCCCAUCAACGCAAUCCGCGCAGCUUCUGAAGCCAAGAAUUGUCCAGAAUCUAACCGAGGGAAGGGUUCCGACGAUCAAAAUUCCCGAUCCAAGAAGAAAAUGCUUCAUCAGUGCGGGCCCGUCGAUUAUUGAAGAAAAAUUGGAGGACCCGAAGUUGGGUAGAGUAAGUUCUGUUCAUAUUUAGUUGAUUUUGUUUAGGUUACGAUUGAAAGUGAUCAAAAUGCGAUCAAUUUUGCAACCCAAAGUAACAUCGAAGUGAUUAUGGAUGGAUGCACGGUGCGCUCGCUUCUCACCGACUCAUAUGUCUUUAGGAAGCAGAAAAUUGGAUUCAAAGUCGAAGUGGUUCGAAAAAUUUGCAAUGGUUAGUUUUUUGGACUUUGUUUUUGUUGAGAAUGUUAGUUUUUAACCCAUAAAAAUAAUUUGUACUGUAUUCCAGGCCAAUACAAACGAGUUAUUAUCAUUUCGAAGCCUUUCCUCACGGACAAAUCGAACCCAAUCACUGUGGAAAGAGACUUUAUCAAGUGGUCCUUGAAAGCGACAAUUCUUCAAGCCGUCCAAAAACGAACGAAGAUGAUUGUGAAGAAAGCGAGGGGCACGGAGGCUGAUAUUAAGGAAGAAAUAAUCGAAGCAGAUCAUUUGGAAGAGCUUAAGAUUUCCGAAAAAGGAGAUGACAGUCAAAAUUCAACUGGGAACGAGGUGAAAGCUGAGAAAAUGCCGGAAAAAGUUGUCAAAGAAGAAAAUGGCGGGGGAGAUUUGUUGGAUAAUAUUCUAGGAUCAAUGGGUGUUAGCUAUGGUGAGUUGAGAGGAUUUGAAGUGUAAAUGAUGGAAUUUCAAGUUGAAAUUAGAGUAUUAUUUAUAAUAUUGUAAAGAAACAAGACCAGUUAAAAAAGAAGUUCAGGAUGUCUCCAGAAUUAUGACAGUUUGAAACUUUCAAUAAUUUACUCAAUAUUUAAGAUACGAAAAUGAUUUUUUCGAAGGUUCUUGGACUCAAGGGGCGAUUUUAUACGCCAACAAAGAGCAUCAAGCCCGUCACAGCAUUGGGCAUGAAAACUAGAUCCAGAAUUCUGACCAUUUUGAGAUAUCAAUAAUUUACUCAACAUUGAAGAUAGGAAAAUGAUUUUUCCGGAGGUUCUUAGACUCAACGUGCUAUUAUAAACGUCAACAAAGAGGGCUAUGCGCGUCGGCGAAGAGCUUUGCCUUUGGUAGAGGCUAUCAAGGGUAAUGGAAACAUAAAAUGUCGGUAUGUCCAGAAACGUCGAUAUUUUCCAAAUUAGUUUCUUAAGGUACAAUUUCCCAAUUUUAAGAAUCAAAGAGUACCUUCUUAAACUAAUAUUAUCGGUGUUUCUGGACAUGCAGACAUUUUAUGUUUCCAAUACCCUUUAUCGCCUGUGCCAAAGUCAAAGCUCUCCGCCGACGCCCAGAACCCUCUUUGUUGAUGUUUAUAAUAGCCCGUUGAGACUAAGACCCUUCGGAAAAUCAUUUUCUUAUCUUCAGUGUUGAGUAAAUUGUUGAUAUCUCAAAAUGGUCAGAAUUCUGGAGACAUCCUGUCGUCUAGUUUUCAUGCCCAAUGCUGUGACGGGCUUGAUCCUCUUUGUUGGCGUAUAAAAUCGCCCCUUGAGUCCAAGAACCUUCGAAAAAAUCAUCGAAGUCGGAUUUCAAUGAUUGUUUACAGAUUUCCCCACGUCCGAGCCACGGUCAGUCUCCACAAAGUCUGAUUAUCGAUAUUCGGUCCUCAGAAUUGGCGAAGAUGUCCAAAGCAGGGUCCUAAUAAGAACCAAUAAUCAUGGGAGAGACGUCGAUCAUAACCUGAUGUCGCUCUCCGUCAAGCCAGAAUACAUCCCAUCGCUGGGCGCCGAAGUGAUCCAUGAGGAAGAAGAAAUGGCCAAUUACUUCACAACCCUCAUGAAAGACGCGGAAAAGCAUUUGGUCUUCCGAAUUCACGCCAACAACCGAGCCUUGUUGCAGAUUGAGCGCAAAAAAGCCAGCACGAUGUAUUCGCAAUUUGAAGAUCACACCAGACAGCUGGUGUCUUAUCGAUGCGAGCGAUUUAAUCGGCUUUUGGAGUUUAUUAAGGGCCUGGAGGAAGGAAAUUAUUUGCUCAUGCGGGAUGGAGAAAAUAUGAGAGUAUUCGACGAAACAAUUGAGGGAGAGUAAGUAGGGAAAGGGGUUUAUUAAGGAUAUUUUAACAGAGGCAGUGCUCAACGUGCGAACGUUCUCUUACAAGUUAUUCCCAAGGUUUAUUUCGCUAAUUUUCGAUGUUUUCAGGCAAAUCUGGACGGACACAAAGAUUUUUGCGGAAGUGGCAAAACGAUUGCUCAGAAUCCCGAAGAAACGCAAGAAUAAAUGGAGAAAACACCUGGAUGACGGCUCGAAUUGCGAUGGAGAACAUGAAGAAGGGCAGGACGAAGGUCAGAGCGGGAUUAAAGAGGACAAUGAAGAAGUUCAGGACGAAGAAAAUGGAAAUGUGAAACAAGAAGAAAGGGAAGAAGAAAAGGCAGUAAAGCAAGGUGCGUGUUGAAUGAAAUGAAAACAUGAGCAAAGGGAAUGAAAAAUGAGUUCAAGUUUACAAUAAAUAAUGGGAUGAGCCAUUCAAACCUAGAAGGUUAUUUUUGUUAAUAACACAUAAAAUAAUGGAUCCAAAUUUAUAAAAAUUAUAUUUUUUGGAUCUGCAGAGCACCUGCUUUUUCCCCACAUAAUUUUUUUUGUAAUAUCCCUUUAAGACUUGUUUGAAAUCAAGAUUUUUUUUACAAAACCCGCUUAUCUUUAUGUCAGAAAGAAUCUUGAUUUCAAAGAAGUCUUGAAGGGAUACUACAAAAAAAGUUGUGUGGAGAAAAAGCAGGUGCUCUGUAGAUCAAAAAAUAUAUAAUUUUGUAAAUUUGGACCUAUUAUUUCAUGUGUUAUUAGCAAAACUAACCUUCAAGGUUUGAAUGACCCACCUUCUACUUUAUUUAUUGAUGACUUGACUUCAUUUUUGAUUGAUUCUGGUCAAUUUCCCCGUUUAAUUUGACAAUUUUUAGAGUCUGUGGAGGAAAUGGACAAUUCCAAUAGAUUCGGAGAUGUGGAACCGAAAAGAACCUCGAUUUCGGAAGAGAAAUUGGACCCAAAUCGUGACACAAACCCAUGGGAAGUACUGGGAAAACCCUCAGAAUUGUUCCAAGGCAUCAACGUCCGCAUCCCAUUGGUCUGGCAGAUCGUCCAAUCAAGAAUUCCUGGGUCCCUCCCUCCAGCACGACCCGAAAAAUUCAAUAAAAACAAGGGAAAGAAAUGGAAGAAGCAUCAGCCGAAGGUCAAAAAUGAACAGGUCAAAAAUGAACGAACCGGCGACUUAUUUGGAUCUCAGAUUUUGUAG